GGCACUUCGUUGCUGAUAGACAGCAACAGGCUCCAUCAAGGGAAGGAAGGAACCACAUAUUUCUUAGUCGUGGACAAUGCCGUCUCGGAAGAUGGUGGUGUUUAUACCUGUGUUGCCAAAAAUGCAGGAGGGGAGGUUUUGUGCAAAGCAGAACUUGUUGUACUUGAAGCAGCAAAGAAAGUGGCCACCAGGAGAAAGCUCCAUUCCCUUUAUGAGGUUAAGCAGGAGAUUGGAAGGGGCUGCUUCAGCUUCGUGAAACGAGUUGUACACAAAGGGAACAGGGUGUCUUGCGCUGCCAAAUUCAUACCCCUCCGAAGCAAAACGAAGGCUCGAGCUCAUCAGGAGAGGGAUAUUCUUGCCUCGCUGUCCCAUGACAGAAUUACCAGGCUCCUGGAUCAGUUCGAAACGCGGAAAACACUGAUUUUGAUUCUGGAGCUAUGCUCCAGCGAAGAGCUGCUUGACCGUUUAUUCAAGAAGAGUGUCGUCACUGAAGCAGAGGUCAAAUUGUAUAUCAAGCAAAUUUUGGAAGGAAUCAAAUAUCUUCAUGACAACAACGUCCUUCAUUUGGACAUUAAGCCGCUGAAUAUCCUCAUGGUUUACCCUGAAAGGGAAGACCUUAAGCUCUGUGACUUUGGAUUUGCUCAGAAGAUCACGCCCUUUGAACCUCAGUUCAGCAAAUAUGGGUCUCCGGAGUUUGUCGCCCCAGAAAUUGUUUCUCAGUCACCAGUGUCAAAAGCAACUGAUAUCUGGGCUGUUGGAGUCAUCACAUACUUAAGCCUAACGUGCAAGUCUCCGUUUGCUGGGGAGAACGACAGAGGAACCCUUCUAAAUAUCCAGAACGGGGAAAUUUCAUGGACCAUUCCUGAUUUUGUUCACCUGAGUGAAGACGCAAAGGACUUUAUAAAAGGGAUCCUACAGCAGCACCCCACAGCCAGACCUAGUGCUUUGGACUGUCUUUCCCACAAGUGGUUCAUGCAUAAUCUCCCCCUCGAAGCAGCUCAUUUCAUUAAUACCAAGCAGCUUAAAUUCAUUGUGGCUCGGAGCAAGUGGCAGCGGUCUCUGAUGUGCUAUAAAUCCAUCCUGGUAAUGCGGUCUAUCCCAGAAAUCCUAGAAAGGACUCAUGACAACACCUCCCUGGCUAUCUCCCGACAUCUUAUUGAGGAAAGCACUUCGUCUAGUACCAGCGGCUCCUCUUCAGACAAUGAGAACUCACAUUUCCCCAAGAAGAGGCAUUUUGGCUCUACACCUGAACUGCACUUGUCCAUAUUUGAUGCACCAAGCCAUCAGGAGCCUCCAAAACGUGCAGGGGAAGAGAAGCACUCCAAAAUCUCAGUCCCUCCAGUAAAACCCAUGAGAAGGAAGUAUGCUUCAAUGAAAGCUGAGUUUGAACUGGAAGAAGAAGAAGGAAAGUCUGAUGAUGGAGAUGAUCACAGGGAAAGUCUGCUUGGUUCCUUGACCAAAUCAGCUUCAUUUGACACUGCAAGGAAACCACCACAUCCUGCCAUUGCUGGCGCUAGCCGAAGCCGUUCGCUCGACGACUACAGGCUGAGAGCCUCAAGAUCAGAGGGCAAACUGUCCACUGCAACUCUCAGACAGUCCGAGCCCACCUCCAAGUCAGCCCCUACCACACCUUUGUUUGUCGAGGAGCUCAUCGAUCAGGCUGCUGCCGUCGGACAGUGCGUGACGCUGUCGUGCCGGACGGCAGCUCACUCCUCCCUGCACAUCGACUGGUUCAGAGAUGGGAUUCCUGUCCGCAGCAGCAGCCGGAUUCUCAUCUCAGCCACGCUCAAGAACUUCCAGCUGUUAACUAUCCUCUCUGUUAGUGCUGAGGAUUUUGGUAUUUACACCUGUGUGGCCACAAACUCCCUGGGCUCAGCAUCCACCUCUUGCAUCAUAAGAAAAGCAGAGGUUCCUCCCAGCCCUCCACCCCCCGACAUCGUGGAGGUCUAUGAGGAUGGAGUGCAGGUGGUCUGGAAACCUGUGGAAACCAACACCCCCGUCCAUUACACUGUCCAGUGCAAGAGUGAAGAUGGGGAGUGGACGACUCUUGCUUCUGACAUCACUGACUGCUGCUACUAUGCCAAAAAUCUCUCCGAGGGGUUUAUCUACCGCUUCAGGACAGCCUGCACCAGUAAAGCAGGAUUUUUUUUACAGCGACCCGUCUGCCCAAAGCUUCAUGCUGCAAUGCAGUACUUCCCAUCAGCUGCUACUGAAGAAGAAAGUGAGAUAAUCACACCAUCCGAGCCUUUUCCAACCUACCAAACCUACGCCUUCCAAACAGAGAUCAAAAG